CGUGCUUGAAUUAGCUAGGGGCGAUGCAACAGUGGUUGCGCAAUGGUCGGGUUGGGGUUUGGGAAGAUGACCGGAUGCAAACGUCAUCGUCUGCAACCCACCUCCCCUUCGAAGUCGAUCACCACUUGAUCAUCCGGGGGCGACUAAGCCAUCUGCUACUAAAUAAAGUGGGCAGGCAGUCCCUAAGGUGUUGAAGUUAAUCAAAUCCUGGAUCAAUAUCUAAACGAACGCAAUUCUAAAUUCAUCAUGGCUUCCAUACUUCGCAGCAGCAGACUAUCCCUUCGUGCAAGCUACUCUCCCUUCAUUCGACCGGCAUCGCGUCUUACUUCCACUUCCAAGAGCGUCCAGCCCUGGCGCGGCUACGCUCAUAGCUCCUACGGCGGCGAGGGCGAGACCCAGGCUGAACAGCCCAACACCUCCCGCAACGAGCCUACUCGAGACCUCGAGCAUCCGGGCCCGCCCGCCCCAGACGUUGGUGGUGGUUCGUCGAAGAAGUCCCAGCAGUCUAGCAACAACAGUGGCAGCAAGGACACCGGUCAUGGCACUGGCACUGGCGUCGAAAACAAGAGUCACAGCAAGACCACACCAUCCAACAAGGCCAAACCGACCAUCACGGACGGCGAGAAUUCGCCCAAUGCAGAGAUCGAUGGAACAGUGGGAGACAACGCAUCGGAGGAUGUCAAGAGACACAACCAGGAGAUGGACCAACGGUACGAUCACGCGUAUAACCAGGUGAAGAAAUAAGUAAAGGUUGAGAGUUGUAGCGCAUUGAGAGACGAAUUGUCCAUGU